CAGCUUUUCACUCACUUUCCCUUCGUCGUCGUCCUUUUCUAAAGCUCUCAGAGAGAUUCCACACCACCAAGAUGGAGCUCAAUUUAUCUUCCAAGGCCUUAACCAACCUCAAAACCCCUCCACUCGUCCCUAAACCCACCUCGAGAACUCUCUCAAACCCAUCGAAAUCUCUCUGCUUAGCUUCUCUUCACCGGCUUCCCAGAGCUUCCUUCUCUCUCUCUUCUUCUGAUUCUCUCAAGCUAACGACUUCAAGAAAGGUGUUAGCAAUGUCCGUGGGAAGUUCGAGAGACUUGGAGAUGUCGAAUUUAACGGCGUUAUCUCCUUUGGACGGACGUUACUGGGGGAAAGUUAAGGACUUGGCUUCUUCCAUGAGUGAGUUUGGUUUAAUCUACUUCCGUGUACUUGUCGAGAUUAAAUGGCUUCUUAAGCUUUCAAGGAUUGCUGAAAUCACUGAAGUUCCAAGCUUUAGCAAAGAAGCUGAGGCUUACUUGCAAGUGAUCAUCGAUGGGUUUAGUAUGGAUGAUGCGUUGGAAGUUAAGAAGAUUGAGAGAGUAACUAAUCAUGAUGUUAAGGCUGUUGAGUAUUUUUUGAAACAAAAGUGUGAUUCACAUCCUGAGAUUGCUAAGGUUCUUGAGUUUUUCCAUUUCGCUUGCACAUCUGAGGAUAUUAAUAAUCUGUCCCAUGGUUUGAUGCUUCAAGAGGCACUUACUUCGGUUAUACUUCCAUCCAUGGAUGAGCUGAUUAAGUCAAUUUCUCUGAUGGCUAAGGAGUUUGCAUAUGUCCCCAUGCUCUCACGAACUCACGGACAGCCAGCUUCACCUACAACAUUAGGGAAAGAGAUGGCGAUUUUCGCUGUGAGGUUAAGCGAAGAGAGGAGAUACCUUGCGGAGACUAAGAUCAAGGGAAAGUUUGCAGGUGCUGUUGGGAACUACAACGCUCAUAUCUCAGCUUAUCCUAACAUCGACUGGCCUCAUGUUGCAGAGGAGUUUGUUACUUCUCUCGGUUUAACAUUUAACCCAUACGUGACUCAGAUUGAGCCUCAUGACUAUAUGGCUAGACUUUUUAACACAAUCAGCCAGUUCAACAAUAUCUUGAUUGAUUUCGAUAGAGAUAUAUGGAGCUACAUAUCUCUAGGCUACUUUAAGCAGAUAACCAAAGCUGGUGAAAUUGGAUCAUCUACAAUGCCUCACAAAGUGAAUCCUAUUGACUUUGAGAACAGUGAAGGGAAUUUAGGAAAAGCUAACGCAGAGCUUGCUUUUCUUAGCAUGAAGCUUCCCGUUUCAAGAAUGCAGCGUGAUUUAACCGAUUCAACUGUGUUGAGAAACAUGGGUGGAGCUUUAGGACACUCUCUUCUAGCUUACAAGAGUGCGAUACAAGGAAUCAGGAAGCUUCAGGUUAAUGAAGCUCGGUUAAAGGAAGAUUUGGAGCAAACUUGGGAAGUACUUGCUGAACCGAUACAAACUGUGAUGAGGAGAUACGGUGUUCCAGAGCCGUAUGAGAAGCUGAAGGAGCUAACGAGAGGAAGAGCUGUGAAUGAAGAAAGCAUCAGAGAGUUUAUCAAAGGUUUGGAUUUGCCUGAAGAAGCAAAGUCUCAGCUUUUGAAGUUAACUCCACACACAUAUGUUGGUGCUGCUGCUUCGUUGGCUUUGGCUGUUGAUGAAGCUCUCCACUUCGGACACUGAUGAUGAUGAUGAAGAUCAAAUCAGUUUGUGUUGUAUUAUUAUUUCUCUUUUCCAAAUGAAUGAGGGAGAGUCAAAUUCAUAAAUUGAUGACAUUUACGUCGUCGUUUAGAGUGGUGAGAAUAAUCUUUGUAUUGUUAUGUUUUCUCUUUCAGAUAUUGACAUCAUCAAUUAAUCCAGUCCACUCUCUU